GCAGUGCGUACGUCAAAGCCGGGCUCGGGCCGGGACCGGGGAGCGGCGCGGCCUGGGAGAGACUGAUCCUCCAGGAGCCGGGGAAGGCGAAGGCGGCGCCUGGUUCCGCAGCAGCAGCCGCAGCCGCAGCCCGAGCGAGUGAGCGCAGCAGUGCGGCGGCCGCCGCGGGAGCCCCUGGGCCGCCGUCCGCCCGCGCAGCCGCCGCCGCGGGAGCCCGUCGCCGGGAGCAGGAGCAGGCGGAAGACAACGGAGGGGCCGAACGCCCGAGCCGCGCCGCGGGGACCGAGCGAGCAGCCCGAGGCGGCGGCGGCGGCCGAGGACGGGGACGGCGACGACGCGGAGGCGGAGAGGGAGCCGCCCGGCCCAGCCCCGUAAAGCAAGGCAGAGCUCAGCGAGGCGUCUGUCGCUGCCGCCAUGCCGUUCCCAUUCGGGAAGUCUCACAAAUCUCCAGCAGACAUUGUGAAGAACCUGAAGGAGAGCAUGGCCGUUUUGGAAAAGCAAGACAUUUCUGACAAAAAAGCAGAAAAGGCCACAGAAGAAGUUUCCAAAAAUUUGGUUGCCAUGAAAGAAAUCCUGUACGGCACGAAUGAAAAAGAGCCACAGACGGAAGCAGUGGCGCAGCUCGCCCAAGAACUGUAUAACAGCGGGCUCCUGAGCACCCUGGUAGCUGAUUUACAGCUCAUUGACUUUGAGGGCAAAAAAGACGUGGCUCAAAUUUUCAACAAUAUUCUCAGAAGACAAAUUGGUACAAGAACUCCUACUGUUGAAUACAUCUGCACUCAACAGAAUAUUUUGUUCAUGUUAUUGAAAGGGUAUGAAUCUCCAGAAAUAGCUCUAAAUUGUGGAAUAAUGUUGAGAGAAUGCAUCAGACAUGAACCACUUGCAAAAAUCAUUUUGUGGUCAGAACAAUUUUACGAUUUCUUCAGAUAUGUCGAAAUGUCAACAUUUGACAUAGCUUCAGAUGCAUUUGCCACAUUCAAGGAUUUACUUACAAGACAUAAAUUGCUCAGUGCAGAAUUUUUGGAACAACAUUAUGAUAAAUUCUUCAGUGAAUAUGAGAAGUUACUUCAUUCAGAAAAUUAUGUGACAAAAAGGCAGUCACUCAAGCUUCUCGGUGAACUACUCUUAGAUAGACACAACUUCACAAUUAUGACCAAGUACAUCAGUAAACCAGAGAACCUCAAAUUAAUGAUGAAUCUCCUACGAGACAAGAGUCGUAAUAUCCAGUUUGAGGCCUUCCACGUUUUUAAGGUGUUUGUAGCCAAUCCCAACAAGACGCAGCCCAUCCUGGACAUCCUUCUCAAGAACCAGACCAAACUUAUAGAGUUCCUCAGCAAGUUUCAGAAUGACAGGACCGAGGACGAACAAUUUAACGAUGAGAAGACCUAUUUAGUUAAACAGAUCAGGGAUUUGAAGAGACCAGCUCAGCAAGAAGCCUAAUUUCCAGUCAACAUCUAAAAUAUUAAAUCCAAAUUCAGCAUUCGCUGUUAGCUAUUCAGCAUCAGGCACUCUUAACCAGUUCAUGAGGGACUUUACUGCUAGCCUGCUGUUAAGUGAACGGUUUUUCAUUUUUACCUUUUUCGUUUUUUUAGUCCAAGUUGGAGAACGUAGCUGCUGCUUUCUUGCACACUAGAGCACACGUGGACUUUCUCUUGAUCUUUGUGUCGUUUCAGAGUUCAAGGACUCUGUUUGCUGUAGGAGUUGUGAACGUGGCUAGGUUCCCGAAGGCAGAUGUAUAGAUGGUGGUGUGAUGUGGGGAAGAAGGGGGUUGCUGUUGUCAGAUCAAACCUGCGUGUCUGCAUUGAUCCCUGGUAAAGGUCUGAGCGUGGGUGCUUGGUAAGGGUGUACGCCUUCACUAAAGGAAGAUGGAGCAGAGCUGAGGGCAACCGUAUCCAAGAUGGGAGAUUUUUGGGUGGAUAAAGUUGACGUGCGAAUGAAUUGAUAGCAACUUCUCAAAGGUGUGAAGCUUCAUAAGGUCAUAAGGAAAAUGUAUAUAUGCUUUUCACAGCUUUCUAGAAUUUUUUGACAUUUGAUUUUCUUGAGACUUGUAAACCUGGAUAUGUUGAAGGGUAUUUGUUAAUUUUACUUUUUGGAAGGUAUUUUAAACCAGUAGAGCUAAUGGUGACACCUUGCAUUUCAUUUCAACAAUGCUUACAGGUUUCUUUUGUAUAUAAUUCUUAGAAUGCUUAUUUCUUUUAAAUGAUUUAAUUUGUACAGCAGAGGAAUGUUACUGUAUUAGUAUGUAACUAUUACCUAAUAUUGAGUUUUUGCAAAAAAAAAAAAUGAAUGCUCAUAUGUAAUUGAAAUACUUCCGAUCACAUGAAAAUGCUGAUUUAACAUUUAAGUAUCACAGCAUUAAAAGAAAAAAAAUGGAAACCAAUCCUUUGUAUUCAGUUACCUACUGGGGAGCCGUCAGUCGGCUACGCUUUCCUGCGUGAUGUUGGCCUUAUUCAUUUAAAUGAGUCAUGAGUUCGCCAGAUACGGAUGAUCCCGAUUAUGCUAAAUUACUGCUGAUUCUCCGUAUGUGGGGGAAGCCUCUGUAGAGCACCUUUUCCUUCUUAGAGUAAGUAAUCCAGUACAAUAGUUGUGAAACUGAGUAAUUAAAACUUUGGCUUCUCUUAGGAAAAGAAGAGUCCCUAGUCCUAGGUGUCCUAUGGGGAAAUUUAUUUUUUUUAAUGUCCUGUUCCUUAAUGCUGCAAAUGAUCAGUAUUUAUGAAGUAACUGAUUUUGCACCACUUUUUGUUACUGUGACCACAGCAGAACAAUGUCUCCUAGAACAUAUCUGUGUAAAGUUACUAGAAUGGUAUCUGUUCAUCUUAGUGAUACAGAGAUCACAACUAACAUCUUAACAAAUCAAGAGUUUGCCAGUUCGAAUUCAGCAUGGCUGUAGCUGAUUAAGAAAUUUAUAUAAUUACUCUUUGCUAGCCUCUCUCACUAAUUGAAUUAUUUAUCAGCCAGCAAAAUGAGUUUCCCAAUGGAUGUUUUAAGCAUGAGGUUUUCAACCCUCCUAGGAAUACCAGUGAGGAAAAUAGCUCCAGGAAACAUAGAUGUGUUUUAUUCCAUCCCAUUAAAAAGGCAGCCUACAUUAUAAUUGGUUUUUCUGAGGCUGUCUUUUCCAAAAUCUGUGUGAAAUAAUUCCUGUUUUUCUAUCGGAAGUAUGGAAAGCGAUCCAAGCUCCUCGAAAUGGAAAUAUCCAAGAUGUUUAGGAAGGGAACGGCAGACUUGACCGUGAUGAAGCGUUCUGGUUCUCGUGGUCUCGUGCUUGGUAUCUGGGUUUAGCGUGAAAACAUUAGUUACACCAAGUGGAAGAAAGGUUUCCUUGCCAAGCGCCAAGCUGGUUCUUCGAACUUGAAACAACCAACCAGCUUCCACUUGGGUGGCGGCUUCACGGCACUAGCACCCCCGUGUGGAAGGCAGUGGGGGUGCAGCCUGUCAGAACCCAUAUGCCGCCGAUGCAUUGGCAUCUGUUUUGUUGUUGUUUUUUUAACAAAAAUGUGAGAACAUUCAAAGUCGAAAAGUUGCAUUUGAAGUUAUGAUCAUUUAAUAUAUUCACAUUACCAAAACUACUAUACUGGAAGUGGUUUCUUUUUGUGUUAUAAAGGUUUAAUUUUACGUAAGUCCGUUACAGUUACUCAGUGUGAUUUUUAACCCUUAAAAACAAAAAAGGAGAUGUAUACAGUUGUUAACAAUGCCAUGAAAGCAUUUCUUUUUUCCUGAGGAAACGUAAAUUUCUUAUCAGAAUAUCUGGCUGGCCCUGUAAUUUAAAUUAAAAUAAAAUUUUGGAGAAACAGCA